AUGUCUCACCCAUCUUGGCUGCCACCCAAAAGUACUGGUGAGCCCCUAGGCCAUGUGACUGCACGGAUGGAGACCACACCUUCCUUUGGGACCCCCAGCAUUUCAGUGUCUACACAACAACCACCCAAAAAGUUUGCACCAGUAGUUGCGCCAAAGCCCAAGUACAACCCAUACAAGCAACCUGGAGGUGAAGGUGAUUUUCUUCCACCCCCACCCCCACCUCUAGAUGACCCUGGUACUCUUCCAUCUGUCUCUGGAAACUUCCCUCCUCCACCACCCCUUGAUGAAGGUUCUUUCAAGGCACAGGGAAAUCCUGGAGGCAAGACGAUUGAGGAGAGACGUUCCAGCCUGGAUGCUGAGAUCGACUCAUUGACUAGCAUCUUGGCUGACCUUGAGUGCAGCUCCCCCUACAAACCUCGGCCCCCACAGGGCUCUGCCAGUACAACAGCCUCUCCUCCAGUCUCCACCCCUGUCACUGGACAUAAGAGAAUGGUCAUACCAAACCAACCUCCUCUAACAGCAACCAAAAAGUCUACAUUGAAACCUCAGCCAGCACUUCAGGGUGGGCCCAUCCCUGUGGCUCCAAUAGGGACACUAAAACCCCAGCCACAGCCAGUUCCAGCCUCAUACACUACAGCAUCCACCCCUUCAAGGCCUACCUUCAACGUGCAGGUGAAAUCAGCCCAGCCCAGCUCUCAUUACAUGGCUGUCCCUUCACCAGGACAAUUUUACGGCCCAGGGUCAGGGCACCAGGGCUAUAACCUUCAAGCAGUUCCUGUUUCUGGUCAAGGUCCACCUCCUCCAACACGGGGAGGCAUGGAUUAUACAUAUAAUCCACCCCCAGGCCUUCAACCUGAGUCUGGAUAUGGGUAUGGCCCUAAUCAAGGGCACUAUUAUGAAGCCUAUAACCCAGCAGGGCCUGUGUAUGGGGGCAAAAAUGACUCUGAUCCUGCCUAUGGUCAACAAGGUCACCCCAAUACCUGGAAACGGGAACAAGGAUACACUCCCUCUGGGACAGGAAACCAGCACCCUACUGGCAUGUAUCCAGUUGCUGGUCCCAAGAAGACCUAUAUCACAGAUCCUGUUCCAGCCCCCUGUGCACCACCAAUGCAGCCAAAGAGUGGACAAGCAGGAUCAAAGGGGCCUCCCGCUGGUCCACCCUCAUUCCGCCCUGAAGAUGAACUGGAGCACUUGACCAAGAAGAUGCUGUAUGACAUGGAAAAUCCACCUGCCGAUGAAUACUUUGGCCGCUGUGCUCGCUGUGGGGAAAAUGUCAUUGGAGAAGGGACAGGAUGCACUGCCAUGGACCAGGUCUUCCAUGUGGAUUGUUUCACGUGCAUCAUCUGCAACAACAAGCUCCGGGGACAGCCCUUCUAUGCCAUGGAGAAGAAAGCCUACUGUGAGCCUUGCUACAUUAAUACCCUGGAGCAGUGCAGUGUAUGCUCCAAGCCCAUCAUGGAGCGGAUUCUCCGAGCUACCGGGAAGGCCUACCAUCCUCACUGCUUCACCUGUGUGAUGUGCCACCGUAGCCUGGAUGGGAUCCCGUUCACUGUGGAUGCUGGCGGCCUCAUCCACUGCAUUGAGGACUUCCACAAGAAAUUUGCCCCCCGAUGUUCUGUGUGCAAGGAGCCUAUCAUGCCAGCCCCUGGCCAGGAGGAGACUAUCCGAAUUGUGGCUCUGGAUCGUGAUUUCCAUGUUCACUGCUACCGGUGUGAGGAUUGCGGUGGUCUCCUGUCUGAAGGAGAUAACCAAGGCUGCUACCCUUUGGAUGGACACAUCCUCUGCAAGACCUGCAACUCUGCCCGCAUCAGAGUGUUGACCGCCAAGGCUAGCACCGACCUUUAA